AUGCACAGAAAAAUUGUUUCAAAUGCCACCAGUGAAGCCGCUCUCUAUAAAUCGCCUCGCAAAUCCCGACGAGUUUCAGUUGGCUCCAUAUCAUCUCCUCAAUCUUCAAACUCCCAGUCCUCAAAAAAAAUCACCCCAGGCGACCACGUCCAAGUCCUCAAUACUUAUUCUCAAUCUCCUAGAAUUUUUAUAAAAGCUUCCAAUAACACCCCAAUAACCCUUCACAUUCAAAAGCCGGGCAUAAUUACCACAACAAAAACCUAUGUAUUUGAAGCCGCAUCCCAAUUAAAAGAAAUUUCGAAUAACAUGAAAUUCCCCUGUGAACAAGAACUUCCUAUUGUAUCAGUAUUUCCUUUUGACGAUAAGCCAAAUGAGUCUGCAGAGUCUUCCUCUGUCAGCUCGAUUUCUCUAAAUCGCACUUCUGCACCUCUAGCUCCAUUAUCCCCUAUAAUUUGCCGAAUCUGCCUUGAUUCUUCUAAACAAGAAGAUUUAAUUGCCCCUUGCAAAUGCAAUGGGACACAAAAAUACGUCCAUCAAGAAUGCUUGAAAUUGUGACUGCUUCAUAGUGACAAAGAUGAAAUGGAGCUAUCCUCUUGUGAACUAUGUAAAUGUCCGCUAAAAAUGAAUUUUCAUUAUUUAACGACGUGCAGCCCAUGUGGGAAAGAACAAAGCUGUGUCCCGUGGCUUGCGCUAUUUGUGGCAUUAUUUUUUAUGAUUUUUGUAAGUGGGAUGUUUUAUUUAUUUUCAUGCAAAAUUAUACAAGAUAAGACUUUAGUUAUGACGCUGGGUGUUAUUUUUUCGGUUUUUGCGGUUUUAUGUCUUUUAUUAAGCUUUGGAAGUGCUUUGGAGUCGUGCUUUGAAAGAAGGGUUGUGGAGUGGGAUAUAGAAAAUCAAGAUUUUAAUAAUUAA